AUUUGAGUAAUUUGAUGAAAAUAAUAUUAAAGUAUGUAUUAUAAUGUACAUGUACAGUGAUGUAUGUUUCAGAGAUCAUACUGGAACAUUUAGAAAACAACAGUUAGAUAAUCCUGAUAUUCUGAAGAAUUUCAUCUCAAUAAUUUAAGAAUGGCAUCUAUUAAAGAAGCUGUAAGACACAGGGGAUAUGAAUCUAUCAGGAAUGAAGAUUCUCCAGAAAAAACAGAUCAAAGAAAAAUGGAGAAACAGGAAACUGUUGAGUUGGGCUUUUUUCAAACAUUUAAUAAGACAAAUGUUUGGGCUUUGUUUUUGUUCCUGUUGACAUAUCUGUUGAAUCAGUUAGACCGGUUCCUGUUUGGCAUCACUGCAAAGUCAAUGGCCCAGGAGGUUCACUUUGGGGACCAGGCUUGUAUGAUCAACAGUACUUAUUUCACAGACAAUGAUCUGAAAGGCUUAAACAACACCAAGAUUAAAUGUGAAGCUAGUACUGAAAAUAUAUGUUCUAGUUUAGUAAAUGACAAUGGCAGCUAUGUAUGUAAAUGGGACUAUAAUGGUCAGGGAUUAGAGUACCAGUUGGUAGCUGGUCCCGUUUUUAUAGUCAUUUACACAUUUUCUGGAAUCUUCAUCAGUUUUGCUGCUGACAAAUAUAAUCGUAAGGUUAUGUUAGCCUCUUGUUUGGUUAUCUGGUCAACCAUGACAUUAUUGACAGGAUUUGUGAACAGUUAUUGGCAGAUAGUCAUCCUGAGAUUUGGACUAGGUAUAGGGGAGGCUGGAUGUACACCCUUUGCAGCUUCCAUGAUAGCAGAUUACUUCCCUAAGCAGAGUCGUGGAUUAGCAUUAGGUGUAUAUAAUUGGGGUAUCUACAUUGGCUACAGUAUGUCAUAUGCUUUUGGGAAUUUUAUCAGCAAGGCAAAUAUAAACAAUCAAGGAUGGAGAUGGAGUUAUUUUUUAGCAGCCAUUCCAGGUAUAGUUGUUGCAGUCUUGUUGUUCCUAACAGUUAAAGAUCCACCUAGACAACAAAGCGAACCAGAUAAGGAUGCAGACAAAGAACAGAACACAAUGAGUGUUGGAUACAAAGCUAAGAGAGUUUUUACCAGAUUUUUUAACCCAUCUGUGAUGUUGUUAUUGCUAGCCUCAUCAAUCAGGAAUGCAGCUGGCUAUGUAAUAUCCUACAACACACAACAGUACUUUACAGACUUACACCAAACAAAAGAACAGAUAGGUGACUACAUGUCAUGGAUACCUAUUGUAGGAGGUAUACUCAGUGUUACUGUUGGCGGUCUUCUGUCCGAUGUUAUUGUCAAACGAUUAGGACUAUAUUCUCGAGUUAUUGUUAUAUUUGUUAGUUUGGUAUUAGCUGCACCAUUUGCUGCUGGAACUUUAUUUUUUAUGCCACCUGGUGCUUACUUAUGCCAAAUACCAACAUAUCUAUUUGGUGAGAUGUGGAUAGGCAUCACCAUAGCAGUGUUAGUGGAAUUGGUACCGUCUGAUAUCAGAACGACAGGAAUAGCAGUUUAUUUAUUUAUAAUUACAAACAUUGGUGGAAAUAUACAGCUACUUGUACCAGUUAUUAAGAACCAUAUAAAAGAAAUGCAUAAGCAUGACAUUCCAAAAUAUCCAGAUGUAAAUGCACUAAGAACUGCUUUAUACAUACUGUACCCAGGGCCAUAUCUGUAUGCAGCAUUUAUAUUUGUAUUUGUGAUGCUAUUGAUGAAAAGAGAUCAAAGAAAAGCUGAACAAAGUGCUUACACAAUUCUCCCCGACACAACUGCAUAGCAACCUUUACCUUCAGUUAACUACCUAGCUUGACUUUCCAUGGAGAAGGGAACCCUCAAUAUGGAUUUUCCUACUAUUUUUUUCAUAAUGUAAAACUGCAUGGUUUACAUUUGAUCUGUAAUGUUGUGGUUAUGGUAUAUACAAUGAUAUAGUUUGCUGUUUACAUUUACCAGUUUAAGACCAUUGAUAUAGACACAUCUAAUUAAAACAAGUGAUAUUUACAUUGACAUUUUGACUGUUCACUACUAUGUUGACAAUCCGUUAUGAGAUUUUUCUUCUUGUGAUGAUAUUUUAAAAUGUAAAUCAUUUUAUAGUCAUAGCCAAUGUACUAUCUCAAUUGUAUUGACACAUAUUAAAAUACUCAUGUCCUAACCUUGUAAUAAAUGAUUUGUUGGAAAUGUAUAUAGAAGUUUUAAAAUAUGUUUGAAUAUGUUCACACUAUGUAUAAAAUUGUUGAAAAUGUAAUAUAAAAUUGAGAAUGGAAAUAGGGAAUGUGUCAAAGAGACAACAACCCGACCAUAGAGUAGACAAUAUGUUUAUAUACAUAUUACAGAUGUAAACAUAGUUUCUUAUGAUUAUUUGAUUUAUACAUGUGCUAUAUAUAAACAAUAUGGAAAAAGUAUGAAUGUAGUAAAAUUGUUUUCUGUUACUCUAAAUAUUUAGUACUCAAAAUAUUUCCUAAAUAUUUAAAAGUACUCAAAUUUUAAAGUUACAGAGAUAUACAUUGUCUGCAUUAGUUAUAUUUAUCAGGUUUAAUUUUUUGAACAACUGUGCAACUGGGAUAAAGCAUGCAUGGGGUAAACCUUUUUUGUUUAUUUUCCUGUAGUAAUAAAGCCAGCUUGUAACCAUAUUUAAGCCUGAGUUUUACAAUUCUAACCUUCAAUCUGAAGUGUUUAUACAUGGAGCAGUGGAAGUUCACAAGCAUGAAAAAGACACUGUUAUUGGGGAACUAAGCAUGUACUAGCAGUAGAAAGCUAUUUAAUCAAUAUAUAUAUAUAUACCGUUUAACAGCAAAAUUGCCAAUGAUAAAUGGUAGGUUGUAUACAUCUUUACACACAAUGCUUGGACAUUUGACAGAUCUGUAAUAUGAUGUAUAGUGUUUUAGCUUACUUAUGUCAACAAAACUACUUUUGUGUUAUUUCAACUUAAUGAAAUUGUUUUUCUCUGAGACAGCAAUUUAUUUCAAUAAAAAGGAUAUUUUGGUUAGACAUCAAAGAAACAGAAACUCAACAACAAAAAAAUAGCCAAAAGACAUCAAGACAGCAACCUCUUUUUAAACUCAAUCAGUAGAUUUACAAAACAUAAAUAGAAUAACAAUCAAUAAAAACUAAAAAUCAAGAAUGCUCAAGGUCAAAGUUUAUGAUAAGAAAUCAUGCCAUCCUAAAUUUAAUAUCUGUUGAUGUACUUCAUAGAAUUAAUGAACUUGUGACAAAAUUGUAAUCACUUGCCAGAAUUUAAAAUUUAUCUUGCAUUCAUGCAUUAUGGGGUAUUUUAGCAACAAACAAAUAUUUUUCUUUUUCGUUUGAAUUUAGGGAUUUCUCUGUUUAAUAUAGUUAUAUUAUUUAUAUAUGUUCAAAACUGGUUAGAGCAGUUGUAAAACGGGUUCUUGUUGUUAUAGAUUUAGAUAUAUGGGUAAUAUAUAUGCAUGUCAAAUCCUUUGGUGGUUUAAUGGGUGGGGUUCCAUUAUAUUAUUUAAAGGAAUGGUUGAGCUGUCAGUUCAUCGAAAGUGCAAUCAGUAACUACAGCGAACAGUUUGAUGUUUAUUGUCAUAUUUAUGAACAUGGAUCAUAUAGAGUUUAUGUUCAUUUAGAUAUAGUAAUGUGUUGGACAAUUUGUUGCAUGAAAAUGUCAAUAUGAAUAUUGUAAUUAAAUUAUAUUAGAUUAUUAUGUUAUUAAACAUUGUUUGCAAGGGAAAAGAACAAGUAACUGCGAGCAACCAAAUCUAUAUUACAGCUUUAUCUUAUUUAUACUAUGGAAUUUAGUAAAGAAAUACUUUAGAUUCAGAUGAGCAUUGAGAGGGAAAAUUGAAUUCUUCUAGCAUAAUCUAAUGACGGAUCAAUUUCAAAGAAGACAUCAGCCCUUAAAAAACAAGGGGAACAGUUGUGAUACUCAUAUACAUAUGUCAGUAAUGAAUAAUAUUUGUAUUUUUUUAUGACUCAUACUUUGUGCAAUAAAUUUUAAACUGUA